ACAUGAAGGGGCUGCGGGCGACCACCCUGAAGAGGAGGCUGGAGGGCAGCUUGAAAGUUAAACUAUACUGCUCACCAGUUACUAAGGAAUUGUUGUUGACUAACUGGAAAUACAAGUUUUGGGAGAAUCAUAUUGAGGCAAUAGGAAGUGGAUACCACAGAGCUAUCCUAGCAAGAUCCACUGCUGUGAGACUGGGAUGUUUUGGGCUUUGCAGUCAUCCAAAAAUAAGGCAUGUGAUCCAUCCAGAGGAACAAGAGCUGUUGCUGAUAGAAGUCCAACAUGCUCUAACUUUUUUAGGAAGGCACCCCUUCAUUGAGGUUGCAUUGGAAGUUGAAACUCCAACUCAGAUUUCUUUGGAAGAUGAAAUAUCUGGUGAGAAAGAAGAUGUAGUGGUGACACUUCUGCCAGCUGGUCACUGUCCAGGUUCAGUCAUGUUUCUGUUUGAAGGUGAGAAUGGCACUGUGUUGUACACAGGCGAUUUCAGGCUUGCAAAAGGAGAAGCAGCCAGAAUGGAGCUUUUGCAUUCAGGGACCAGGGUAAAAGACAUCCAGAGUGUGUAUUUGGACACUACUUUUUGUGAUCCCAAAUUUUAUCAUAUACCAAGCCGGGAGGAAUGUUUAAAUGGGAUCUUGGAGUUAGUGCGAAGCUGGACCUCACUGUCUCGUAAUCAUGUUGUGUGGCUGAACUGCAAAGCUGCUUAUGGAUAUGAAUAUUUGUUCAUAAACCUCAGUGAGGAACUCGGAAUCAAGGUGCACAUGAACAAUCUUGAUAUGUUCAGGAACAUGCCAGAAAUCCUGUGCCAUGUUACCACAGACCAACACACGCAGAUUCACGCCUGUCGACAUCCUCGGGAUGAUGAGUGCUUCCGAGGGAACAGACUGCCCUGUGGGAUGACUUGCCUCAAUGGAUCUCCCCUGCACAUAAUCAGCAUCAAACCCUCCACAAUGUGGUUUGGGGAAAGGAAAAAGAAAACAAAUGUGAUAGUGAGGACUGGGGAGAGAACGUACAGAGCUUGUUUCUCUUUCCACUCUUCAUACAGCGAGAUCAAGGAUUUCCUGAGCUAUAUCUGUCCUGUGAAUGUGUAUCCCAAUGUACUGCCAGUGGGUGGGACAGAGGACAAAGUUAUGGAGAUAUUAAAGCCAUUAUGCAGGUCAUACAGGAGAAUCAUGGAACCCAGGUACAAGCCCUUAGGAACACUGAAGAGAGCCCACAAAAGAGAAUUAUCAGAUACAGAUGAAGAUGAUCUCUUUGAUUCAGAAUUAAUUUCUACAGGGCCUAAGAUUCCAAAACAGCAGAGACGAGAGAGCAGGCCCUCCAGCACAGGACAGUCUGAAAUUUCUGAAGGAAACAUUAAUAAGAGCACAGAAAGUUACACAACUUACACCUCUCUCAAGGUAGACUUCAUGGAUUGUGAGGAAUCAAAUGAUGAUGAUGAUGAAGAUGAUGAAGAAGAAUCUGAAAAAAAUACAGUUCAGUUUCUUUCCCAUGAGCCAGAUACCACUUCCACAGCCAAUUUCAAUGGAGUAAGUAGUGGCCAUCAGUCUAAUGCCAAUGUCCCCUGCUGGGAUGAAUUUUUUAUGGGUAAUAAACUAGAGGAAAGCUCUGAAAAUGAGGACAACAUCCCAUCCUCAGCAGAUGCUGGGGGGUCCCAGUCACUCUUCAGUGAUUCAGAUGGAGUAAGUGACUCAACACACAUCUCCUCCCAAAAUUCUUCUCAGUCAACACAUAUAUCAGAGCAGGGGAGCCAGGGCUGGGAUAGCCAAAUGGAUACAGUGCUCAUCACCUCCCAGGAGAGAAGUGCCCUGGACCUCAGCAAAGGUGGGAGCAGAGCAGUGGUUCCUGUGCUGCAGGAGAGUCCUAAGGACACUCAGCUGGACAGCAUCAGGGGGAAGCCACAGUGUCAGAACAGACCUUGUGGCCAUGGUGGUGCCUGUGGCUUGAAAAGCAAAGACUGUGAGAAAGCUGCAGAAGAUGGUGCUGCCCAUGUUCAGGAUGUGCUGGUGGAAAUAAGUGACAGAUGCAGGACUCCUGAUCGAGAGUUGAAGAAGGACUCCCAGAGUUCCUCUGACUUUGAAAUUCCCUUGACUCCUGAUGCUGAAGCGCCUCAGCCAGAUAAACUGCACCAUUUAUACAGGAAGCUUGCAGCAGGUGAAAACAUAAUCAGUGAGAAAAAAGUCUCCUGAGGACAGGUAUAACCAAUUACCUUGUGGUAAUACCCAGCAUAUCUAUUACUGCCUGAAUUAUUUUUCUCUUUCCUGUGGGUUACUGUCU